GCGCAAACUCGGGAGGAGGAUCCUCGAGGUAAAUGAACAUUUUAAACGGGAAGAGGAGAAGAAGGGAGAGGAGGAAGAAGAGGCGGGGGCAGCACCCGCCCGAGCGCUUCCUCUAAACGCUUCUUCUGGAAACGGGAUUCGGCUGCUGCCCGGCACCGCGGCCGGAGGAUGCGCUUCCCCGCGCCGCCGGGCCCCGGGCUCCGCGGGCGGGCGGCACCCGUCCUGGCCUGGCACGGCUGAACACCGGCUCCGCGGGAGACCUGCAAAGAAAAAGAAAUAGAAGUCGUUAAUCUACCUUGUUCAGAGAGAACGUUAAAUCCACACAACAUGGCACAGCAUAGUAUUAUCCUUGGAUUAUUCAUGAUGACUGUUUUAUCACUGUUGGAUGGAAGUUCAACUUUCCUGUUAAAUCAACGUCUGAAGGGAAGAUUUCAAAGAGACCGUAGAAACAUCCGCCCAAACAUCAUCCUUGUUCUUACUGAUGAUCAGGAUGUAGAACUUGGUUCUAUGCAAGUGAUGAAUAAAACAAGACGUAUCAUGGAACACGGAGGUGCUCAUUUCAUCAAUGCCUUUGUGACAACACCCAUGUGCUGCCCAUCUCGCUCCUCUAUCCUGACAGGGAAGUACGUCCACAACCACAACACUUACACUAACAAUGAGAACUGUUCUUCUCCAUCCUGGCAGGCUCAGCAUGAAAUACGCACCUUUGCAGUGUACCUCAACAAUACAGGGUACAGGACAGCUUUCUUUGGAAAGUACCUUAAUGAAUACAAUGGCUCCUAUGUGCCGCCUGGUUGGAAAGAAUGGGUUGGAUUACUUAAAAAUUCUCGAUUUUACAACUACACACUCUGUAGAAAUGGAGUGAAGGAGAAACAUGGAUAUGACUACUCCAGGGAUUAUCUGACUGAUCUGAUUACAAAUGACAGUAUUACCUUCUUUAGAAUAUCAAAGAAGAUGUAUCCUCACAGGCCUGUACUGAUGGUUAUAAGCCAUGCUGCUCCUCAUGGUCCUGAAGAUUCAGCCCCUCAGUACUCACAACUCUUUCCUAAUGCCUCAGAACACAUUACUCCCAGUUAUAAUUAUGCUCCAAACCCAGACAAGCACUGGAUAAUGAGGUACACCGGUCCCAUGAAGCCUAUACACAUGGAGUUCACUAACAUGCUACAGAGAAAGCGCCUUCAAACACUAAUGUCUGUGGAUGACUCUAUGGAGAUGAUUUACAAUAUGUUGGCUGAAACAGGAGAACUGGAAAAUACGUAUCUAAUAUACACAGCAGACCAUGGUUAUCAUAUUGGGCAGUUUGGGCUGGUGAAAGGGAAGUCCAUGCCAUAUGAGUUUGAUAUCAGAGUCCCUUUCUAUGUCCGAGGACCAAAUGUAGAGGCUGGGUCCUUGAAUCCUCACAUUGUGUUAAAUAUUGAUCUCGCACCUACAAUUCUAGAUAUUGCUGGAUUGGAUAUUCCGUCUGAUAUGGAUGGUAAAUCCAUUCUAAAGCUGCUGGAUUCUGAGAGACCGGUAAAUAGGUUUCAUUUAAAGAAAAAGGUGAAGGUAUGGAGAGACUCAUUCCUUGUGGAAAGAGGUAAAUUGCUGCAUAAAAGGGAGAGCGAGAAGGUAGAUGCCCAAGAAGAAAACUUUCUACCCAAAUAUCAGCGUGUGAAAGACCUCUGUCAGCGAGCUGAGUAUCAAACAGCCUGUGAACAGCUUGGCCAGAAAUGGCAGUGUGUGGAAGAUGCUAGUGGAAAACUCAAGCUGCACAAGUGCAAGAGAAUGGCAGACUUGGCAGCUGCAAGCAAUGGCAAAGGCACCUCCAAUAUUUUGCUCAAGUAUUACAACAGGAAUAGCGAAGACUGCAAUUGUGAAGAUAAUGAAUAUAAGCUGAGCCACAUCAGACAAAGAAAGAAACUUUUCUCCAAGAAAAAAUUCAAACCAAACUAUGCCCGGAAUCGCUCUAUCCGGUCUGUAUCUGUUGAGCUGGAUGGAGCUGCCUAUCACCUGCCUUUAGAGGAUGGAUACCAGCCCAUCUUACCAAGGAACAUCACCAAGUGGCACAAGGUGCAGAGAGCUGUUUUCCACGAGGAGGAAGAUAGAGACAUGGGGGAAUAUAGUGGCACUGGUAGCAUUAAAGAGUACACAGCCCCUAAUCUGAUCAAAGUGACUCACAGGUGCUAUAUCCUGGAGAACAAUACUGUUCAGUGUGACACAGAUCUGUACAGGUCACUGCAAGCUUGGAAGGACCAUAAACUUCAUAUUGACCAUGAGAUUGAAACUUUGCAAAAUAAAAUAAAAAACCUGAGGGAGGUGAGAGGUCAUCUAAAGAAGAAGCGACCUGAAGAGUGUGAUUGUAACAAGCUAAGUUACCAUUCAAAACAUAAGAGCAAACUGAGACACAAAGGAUCCAGUCUUCAUCCUUUCAAGAAAGCCCUACAGGAGAAAGACAGGCUGUGGCUGCUGCGAGAGCAGAGACGGAAGAAGAAACUGCGAAAAUUGCUUAAGAGAAUUAAAAAUAAUGACACGUGCAGCAUGCCUGGUUUGACCUGCUUCACCCAUGACAACCAGCACUGGCAAACUGCUCCCCUGUGGACAUUGGGCCCUUUCUGUGCCUGUACCAGUGCCAACAACAACACGUACUGGUGUUUGAGGACAAUCAACGAGACCCACAACUUCCUGUUCUGUGAAUUUGCUACUGGAUUUUUGGAGUAUUUUGAUCUCAAUACUGAUCCAUAUCAGCUAAUUAAUGCAGUGAAUACACUUGACAGAGAUGUUCUUAAUCAACUGCAUGUCCAGCUCAUGGAACUCAGAAGUUGCAGAGGGUAUAAGCAAUGCAAUCCAAGAACCAGGAACAUGGAUCUUGGACUUAAAGAUGGAAGCUACGAGCAGUACAGGCAGCUUCAGCGCCGAAAAUGGCCAGAUGUGAAGAGACCAUCAUCUGCCAAGUCACUAGGACAACUGUGGGAAGGCUGGGAAGGUUAAUCUCCCCCAGCUGCUGCACCUCCAUGAGGAUACAAACGAGGCAGGACUUGAAUCCAUGUACCGACUAAAUGAACUAUAACAUUCACCUGAAGGACUGGCUAAGCUUUGAGGCUGAAAUAGAUAGACUGUUUGCACUGGUGAGUGAGAUGAAUAGAAGCAGUGAAAUUAUGGGAAAUGAUAUCAGAAAUACAGAUCUCUCAAAUCCACUGUUGUACCUGCUUUUUUGCUUUAUAUUAUACCUCACCUACUUCACAAGGCAUUUCACUUCAAGACACAAUUAAUUCAGGAAUCAACUGAUUCAGGAAUUAACAGAGGAGGAAACUUAGCCACAUCCCAAAGAGGACUGCCCCUGCAGUGGCAGUGUUUACACAGACAGCUGACAGGACCUUAAAACAAUUUCCCAUUCACCUGUAUCUUUAGUUGUCGUGAGAAAAACUUCAAUGCCAAGUACAACCCUAAAGCAAGAUUUAGAAAACAAAGGUGCUUUUGCUUAUCACUGGAGUAAAGGUAAUGGUUCAAGAGAACUUUGAAAAUAUUCAGGAACUGAAGUCAGCAGCACCAAGUGUUCUCAACACCAUGGAAUUUCUUCAGUUUCCUCUGAGGAUACAUUUUAGUUCCAUGUCUGCUUGUUCAUUGUAUUGUCACAUCUGUGAAGAUUAGAGAAAAUCUUGACGCACAGGAUGCCAGAUUUUUGGAGGGAUUGUGUAAAUAUUGAUCGGUGUACUCUUUGAAAAUAAAUUCCUUCAGGUUGUAAAGACAUUUCUUAAUAAAAAGGAGUGUAAUGCCCACACGCCAUUUCUCAAAA